UAAAUGGACUGAUCCCUGUUGUCCAAGAAUGGAGCUAGGUUAGCUUAGCCAAUUUAAACUCUCCUGAGGGUUGUGGUGUGUCGUUGUCGGGUUGAAUCAUAAGGCAUUUAUCAGUUGAACUGUGGGGAUCAUAUUAUUUGUGGGAUUCAGGAGUAGCGGCUGUACAAAGACUGUCACAGAAGUUGGGAACUUUUAAACGUUUGUUUCUUUGACAGCUGAAUCGGUUAAAAAAGAUGAGGAGUGCGUAACCUAAACCUGGGAGGAAGAUAGCUGCGUGCCAGUCCGAUGAAAGGAUCGUGUUCGCCGGUUUCUUCUUCAGUUCAUUUCCCAGUGCCAUGGAUGCUGCGGGAUACAGAAGUGAAGGACAUUUCGGUGAGGCAGAGACAGUGUGGCAUGUGAUGCACAGGUCAGAGGAUGUAGAACUGCGAGGCAGAGAUGGAGAAGGCUGCAGGCUUGUGGAGGCUUUCCUAACUGGAGGAGCGCCGUGGGGAUUUACACUAAGAGGAGGACUGGAGCACAGAGAACCUCUGAUCAUAACCAAGGUGGAGGAGGGCAGUAAGGCUGCAGCCGUGGGUCUCCAGGUGGCAGACGAACUCAUCAACAUCAAUGAGAUUCCCCUGAGUGGAUACAGACAGGAGGCGAUCUGCCUAGUCAAAGGCUCCCACAAGACGCUCAGCCUGGUGGUGAAGAGACGGAAUGAACCCAUGAGCAGGCCUCACUCCUGGCACUCCACCAAGUUCAAUGAACACCAAUCAGAGCCAGCCAAAACGCAGUCCCCACCCACUCAAGUCUGGCACACCAGAUAUGACGCAAGCUCUUCAUCAGCUGACCUCACCUCUAGUUGGGACCAGACAAACCUGCGCCGGGUUUCAGAUCAGUUUAGCUCCCUCGGCAGCGUGGACAGUCUAGAGCAUGUCCCACAACCUUACCCAGCUGGCCUGCUCACCCCUGUCAAAUCUAACAACAGCAUGGAGCACCUGGGGGGAGGAGGAGGGGGGAAGAGGGAUUCUGCCUACAGCUCCUUCUCUACCAGCUCAGGCACACCGGACUACACUCUCUCCAAAAGCAACGCUGCGUCUACGGAAAACGUCCUGUACAAAGUCGGCCAAUGGGACACAGCAGGCAAACAUAUCAGUAAUAGAAAUGUCCAAAGUGAAGGGGUGAGACAGGAGGACAGGGUAACGUAUUUCCAAAUGCCAGGAUGUGAUGGUCAACACAGUGAAGACCAAGCUGGUUCCAGGAUAUCCACCUCAAGUCGGUCAAGCUUUGGCCCCAUUUGGCACGUCCCAGAAAAGAACAGAAAGUCCUCAUCGCCAUCUCCACCUCCACCCGCUCCACCCACACGCAGUGACAGUUUUGCCGCCACAAAGCAACAUGAAAGGGGACAUAGUAUGGGACAUUUUGAAGGGCCACAAGAGCCUCAUAGUAAGAUGGCAACAGACCAUAGACGGAGCUACAAUCUGUCUCCAAAAAAUGACUUUGAUAAUAUGAGUCAAAACGUUCACACCCAGUUUAACGCUAACAAGCAACACUCCAGUAAUGUCCAACAGGGACAUCAUGGUGACAAAAGCACUUUCUACCCUCAGCCAUGGACAUCCUCUGCUGUUAAACCUUUCAGUAGCGCACAGGAAAUUCAAAGUAACGGUUCCACACAUAAUCAAAGUCAUAGAAGAAACUUAAGCACGUCUUCAUCAACCACAGCAUCAGAGCAAAGCAGCGAAAGCCGUUACUAUUGUGUUACACCAACCCAGCCUGUACAUCCCAAUGUCCAGCAGCCGUUUGUACCAGAGGAUAGGAGGAUUUCAACAUCCAGUGAGCGCAGCGUGUGUCUCAGCCCACAGAAUGUUACGAAAAUGAGGUAUAGCCUGCCCCCUCCACAACACGCCACUCAAGCAAAAGUCAUGGAAGAAAGAGGAAUCCCACCUCCAAAUGUAGAGACUUCCUACAUGAGCUUUCCCGCUAAUAAGAUGUCGGAACAGCGUAGGUCAAUGCCGGUUCAACCUACAGCUACACACCAAGACAUAAAGCAACAGGUCAAUAAUAAAAUUUGCCCAAAAGCUACUCCUAUACUCCACUCUUUGUCUAUAGAUGCUGGCGCAAACUUGGACGGGCCAGGUGAAAGUAAGAACAUGCAACGUAAUGAGCGAUUUGCCACAACGUUGAGGAAUGAAAUCCAGAUGAGGAGGGCUAAACUGCAGAAAAGUAAAAGCGCAGCAACUCUCCCGGCUAACGAAAUGGAGAUUGAAGAAAAUCGAGAUGUUUGGAAAUCAUCGGAAAAUGCAACGCCGACUUCUAAUGCUUACAAGGACAAUCUGAAGGAAAUACAAGCUCGGGUGCUCAAGGCGACAUCUUUUAGGAGAAGAGACCUCGACCAGUUUUGGUUAGAGCAUCCCAUUUCGGAGGUUUCUCCAAAUUAUACAUCUGUAGUGCGCAAAGAAAUGAGCCCCUCUUUGCCUCCUGUUUCGGAGUCUGUACGGAGCAAAUCAGGACCGGUCAAUGUUCAAGUCACUCGUAUCGGAGGACGCAAACGAUUUUCAUCAGAGAAAAAAGUCAGAUCCUUCUCCGAACCUGAUAAAAUUCAUCACGUUGGAACAAAGGAAGAUCAAAAUACAGACUCCUCACUAAACACAGAGAGUGGAUCAAAUUUUUAUGUUAAUACAGCUAAGAACCACACAGAUGUCAGGCCAAAGUCUUUUGCCGCGAGCAUAGAGUCCGCUCCACCUGCUCCACAUUGUCCGGAGGAGACCCAGGGAGGCUCAGCAAACACUCAGCCCGUCCCCGAGCAUCAGAGGCUGGGUACAUUUGCAGAGUACGAGGAGAGGUGGAGCAUUCAGAAGAAACCUGCUGUAGAGAAGAGGGCAUCUGGGCGGUACCAUUCGGCUGAUAAUAUUCUAGAUCACGGGACGGAGGAGAGAAGCAGCACCUGCUACCACGAGAGAUCCAGGUCCUCCCCCUCAGCAGACGUCUUUGUACAGAAGUUUCCUGUUCCUACGCGAAAGUCUGAGAGCGAAUAUUCCCAGAUGGAGGACUGUAAACCUGCUCAACAGCUCAGUGCAGCCACAGGGUUGGCUGACAGGCUAAGGGAGCAGGAGUCCUCCACAGUCCCUCCUACAAGUCCCGGGACAGUGUCUAGUAGAGGUAGUCCCAUUGUAGGCAGCCAUAAACCCACUGCCUUCUCCCACAACCUCCAAGACCCCAUGAAAGAGGACGUGCGAUUUGAACCGAGGAGCAACCCGCCUAGCGCAUGCCAAGAUGUGACUUCUUCUAAUUCUAGUGAUAUCUCUAGUCAUCCUAACCCCACCCCUCUGCCCACCCCCAUCCCAAAAACGGGGCUGGAGCAGGCCAAGGGACUCAUGUACAAAGGACAAGGGGCAGAACAGCAGCCGGUCACAGCAUCGUCCCACACGGAGAUAGGGAAAAACAAUAUGGAGACGCAAAGACCUCCCUCUCCUCAGUUCUUCCCUCAGAAACUCAGUGACAAGCCCCCAGUUUCUCUGCAUGAAGACUCCAACUCCAGCAGAUUUGAGCAUGUGGUGGAAGCCCAAAAUCCAGCAGUGAAGAAAGUUCCCAUUCGGAUCGUCCACACGGAGGGAGCCACAGAGAAGGAGAACUGUCCGUUUCUGAGGCACCCUGAUCCCACCCCAGUAGAGAGUCAUACUGUGGCCUGUCUCAGCAGUCUAAACGCUAGGGGGCAGGACUCUGUAUUCUGUGCUUUCACUCGACAGAAAGAGCCAGACAACGUGACUCAAAACCAGCCACAAAAAGACACUUAUAUUAGCACUAUAAAAGACCGCAAUAUGAACUCAGAGGAGAAGGCGAAUAACAAUAACAAACCGGCUGACAGUACCACAGAAGACCAAAAGAGGGCGGAGUUGGCGCGGGACAUCAUGGGCAAAGACAAGUCCCUGGCCGAGAUCCUAGACCAGAGCCGAAUGAAGACCACCAUGGACAUGAUGGAGGGAAUCUUUCCUGGAGGAGAGCAGCUCAUCGAGGGGGCACACCAGAGGCGCAAAGGUCCAGUGAAACAGGUCGCACCCAGGCCACAGGACAGCAGGGAGAAAGAGGACAACAUGGUGGCUGUUACCAUGGUGACCAGUGCCACUUACUAUAGCACAUCUGCUCCUAAAGCUGAGCUGCUCAUCAAAAUGAAGGACAUGCCAGAGGAAGAGGAGGAUUCUGAGGAGGAGCUGGACCUCGAUCUGGCCAAUAAAAAGCAAGAACUGAUUGACAGCCUUACUAAAAAACUACAGGUGCUGCGUGAGGCACGGGAGAGUCUUCAGGAGGAUAUUUUGGACAAUAACACUCUGGGGGAGGAGGUGGAGGUGCAGGUGCAGCAGGUCUGUAAGCCCAACGAGCUCGAUAAGUUCAGGAUGUUUGUGGGAGACUUGGACAAAGUGGUGUCACUGCUGCUUUCUCUGUCUGGACGGCUGGCCCGAGUGGAGAAUGCCCUUAACAGUCUGGAGGAAGAUGCUACACCGGAGGAGAGGCGCACUUUGACUGAGAAGAGGAAGUUGCUGAUUCGGCAGCACGAGGACGCCAAGGAACUGAAGGAGAACCUGGACCGGAGGGAGCGAGUCGUUUAUGACAUUUUGGCUAACUACCUUCGGGAGGACACUCUCACGGACUACGAGCACUUUGUCAAAAUGAAGUCAGCGCUGAUCAUUGAACAGCGCAAACUCGAAGACAAGAUCAAACUGGGAGAGGAACAGCUCAAGUGUCUCCUGGACAGCCUGCCCAUUGAACAGAGACUUUCCUUAUGAACAAAAUUGACUAGUUUGUGUUUAAAAAAGGACUAAUUUUUACUUGAUUUGAGUUGCAAUAUAACCUCUUGUCCACUAGAGGUAAAAGUGACUGUUGUCUUUAAGUUUUGCAUUCAAGUGGACAGAAUUAUGUUGACAAGAGACCAACUUUAAUUUUAUAUUAUUUGAAUGAUUUGCUGUAUGUCCUUGUCUCCACUAGGGGGAGACUGGAGAGUUUGAUGGUCUCAUCUAAUACCUGUUUUAAAAAGAUCCAACUUUUUUCUAUUUUCAUUCCUGUUCAUUUUCUCAUCUGAAGUUAAAAAGAGAAACUCAAGAAAUUAGUUGAUUUGUUAUAUGCAAUGCAGACUCAUGUCCAGUACAGAGAAUAGUACAAUGUCACUUGCAAUUUCAUGAUUUGCCAUUUCUGCAUCAAGUGGGUAGCACAUUCACCUUUGAUUUGGUUGAGUUGCACUUGCAGUAGAUCUUUGGGUCCAGAAGAGGGAGCCAUGUAUUGGCAAACCGCAUUGAACGGUUCACCUUUACUACUUUACUUACUUUAUCACAUUAUGAUAAAGUUGAUCUGUUACUUCACAACUGACUGCCAUAAAACCACUAGGAACCACCUCUUAUUAUGAAACAUAUUUUACUGAACAUCAAUGAACCACUGCAAUUUGUCUUUUACCUAACCACACUUUUUGCUUUGUUUUUAUUAUUUUAUUUUUUUAUUUUUCCUAGUAAUUUAUUGUAGACUUUUGAAUCUGCACCAGAGGGGACAGUAUUUGGCUGAUUUUGUCAUUUCAGUUUUUAGUAUUUAUCAAGAUUUAAGUCACAUUGUUACAAAACUCCAUAAAAUCUGACUAUGUUUCAGUCAAUGCAAUUAACAUUUGUAUCUAAAAAAGACUAGUGGCCUUUUUUACUAAAAUGAUUGUACCGUAAAAGAAAAGUUUCAAUAUUUUUUUGCAAUAAUAAACUUUGGAGACAGGAUGAAUGUGCCGAUUACAUGUUGUUUUUAAGAGCACUUGUUCCACUCAGCACUUCACAGUUGAACAAAAGUGAAGUCUCGAGUUUAGAGGGGAGGGAGGGGUCACCAUGUAAUGUUUGGAUUCACUGCUGCAUGUAGUGUUUUAAGUUUGCAUCACGGACAGAACAUCAUGAAAAUCAGCUGAGAAUUCAACCUGUGUAUUUUAUGUUUUCCACAGUGAAGAGUGAAUGCAUAGAUUUGUUUGAUAAUAUACUAACUACAAUAAAUCACAUCCUCCAACAUGACUUCAGCUCCUCAGUCAUUUACUUCAUAA